AUGAAGAAUCCUUAAACACUUACUCUUGUUGUUAACAUCUAAAUUGCUUCAGUCCCCUUGUAUGUAAGUAUAUCAUUAAAUUUUAGAAAUUUGUUAACAUCUUCUUGCAUUCUCUACAAAUAGGUUAUUAAUUCUCGUUCUUCCAAAUGGCCAUAUAUUUCAAAAGGAUUUGA